CUCCACCUUCCAUAAGUUUCGGAUCUCACUCGCAGCUCAGACUUGAAGCUUCCAAAGGUCAUCACUUUAGAAACGUGUUUCUAACUUGUUAACUGAACUCAACCCUGGUGUGCAUGGGUAGCUGCUCGCAGGAAAAAGAAAAGCAAAUGGGUGGACUUGUUUGCGUUUUCGAGAGCAGUUAUUUCAGGAAAAAUUGAAAUGGGUCGUUUCUUUUUGGCACCUUGCCUGGUGCUGCUGGCUGUGCUCCUGCUGGGCAGCGGUGCUGACGCUCAGCAGGUGAUUGGUGGAAGCGUGACAGUGGUUCAAGGAGAUACAGCUAUCUUACCUUGCAAACUCAGACUCACUGACACCACGGAAGACUUGACACAGAUUACCUGGCAGAAGAGGACCAGAGAAAAACCCAGUAAUGACAAUUUUAUCACUGUUGGACCAAGUCAAGAACCACGGUUUGUCAGGGGACGUGAUGAUCGAUUUAAAUAUAUCGGGAAUUUUAAUGACAAAAAUGGAACUCUCCAGUUAUCCAAUGUUGCCCUGAAGGAUGAAGGCAGCUACACGUGCAUCUUCACCUUGUUUCCCGGUGGAACUAAGAAGACUGAAAUACCUCUAAAAGUGACUGUGCCUCCUUUCACAAACGUCAAGGACAAUCUUCCCACUUUGGGUACAGAAGAGGUUUUAUUUGCUACCUGCACGGCUGCUGGCUCCAGGCCUCCUGCUGAGGUGAGGUGGCUCACUGGUGAUUUGGAAAAAAAAGUGAGGACGACAACAAACUCCAUCCAGUAUGACAACGGUACCACUACCACAGUCAGCUCUCUGUUUGGUGUUCCUACAAGCGAGAUUAAUGGUCACCAGGUCCAGUGUGUCAUCAGCGGUGACUUCCUGACUAAAGAAAUAAGUCUGCCCUUCACCAUACAGGUUUACUUCUCUCCCACAGAAGUGAACAUCAGACUGAUUUCAGAGGACACAUUUGAGUGUGUGGCAGCAGCCAACCCAAGAGCUAAAUAUAACUGGAGCAGAUCUGACCAGCCUUUGCUGGAGUCUGCUGUUAAAGUAGAUGGUGCGAAGCUACAACUGCUGAGUCUGACCUCUGGUCUAAACGGCCUCUAUCGGUGUGAAGCAUCUAAUGCACAUGGAAGUAAACAUAGUCAGCUCUAUGUGCAUGUGGCAGGAACUUGCUCUGCUGCUUGGACUUUUUUUGGCCUUUUGGUUUCCGUGAAUGCCAUUGGGGCUGCAGUAUGGUGCUUUUCUAAAUCUGGAUAUUUUAAAAAGCGGCAUCAUCUAGUUUCAAAAGAUUCUAAAAAUGGGACUAAUAGCCAAAGAGAAAUACUCCGCGAAAAGGUAAAAGUCUUUUUUGUUUCCCUCAAAUUCAAAGAUCACCCUAAAUAUGUGUGCAUAAUUUAAGGUAUCCAAUUACUGGAGAUAUACUUUAAUUAUGUACAAUUAAUUUUAUUAAAUCUUCUUCUUAAAAUAUCUGAGCCCCUUAGAAGUAAAAUUAUUAUUAUUGUGUUUUGAAUAUUCUAGGAGUAAAGUUUAAAUUGUCCUUGUAAAAUCUUGCAUAUUCAGUCAUAACUAAAAUGCCGUUUUAUACAAAUGAUCUGAAUUGUCUCCCUCGGGGAUCUCAGCUGACAGCUGUGGAAAGCAGAAAUGGAUAAUACAGCGCCUGUGCUGAGGGCUCCACCAACGUGUCAUUGCAGACUGAGGAAUAAACAGAUAAGGAACAGGUUAAAGUACUUGGUAUCAUUUACAUCCCUCCCCCCAUUGAUAUUUCUCCAUUUAUGAAUGUUAGGACCUCAUGACAUCCUCACUGAGUCUGAUUUGACAGUUUCAUCAGUAACAUGUGCAGUAGUAGUCCAGCGAGUAGUUGACUGAUAUCAUUUUGUAGAGCUGUGGCAAUGCUCCUAACUCUGCUGCCGGGUCAAUACUCUUGUAUGUUAUUGUUCAGCAUUCAUGUAAUACACUGUGCUGAGAGAUGCAGAGCAAACAUUUUUGCAACAGCAUGUAUGAAUAUGCUGUCCUGGAGCAGCUGAACUAUGUCUGUAACCUGAACAGGCUUUAGGUACCAUCUCAUGCUACCAGUCAUGGAUACUAGCAAAACUACAGACAACUCAGUCAGGAUGGGUGAAUGUGUAAGAAUAAGAGUGAAGUAAAUAAAAAGUGAAAUAAAUGACCAGAAAUGGAAACGGAUGGAUGUUUUUCAGUUCAUUCAACUAAAUUCCAUCCUACAAAGUUUUGGUUGUUAAUGACUGCUUGGUUUUAAAAUGCAGCAACCAACAAAGCUUCUGCUGUGUGUCAUAUAGUUCUGACUUUUUUGUUGUUGUUGUUGUUUCGUGUUUUGUUUUCAGUGGCGGGGGGUGGGUGUUUAUGUUUGUGGCAACUUUUUUUAAAGCCUUAAAUCAUUUAAGUGUGCUGUUUGCUUUGUUUUAAGUUAACCAGCUUUAAGUUACUGUUUCAUUUACAUUUCUUUCUUUCCUGAAAUUUCAACACUGCAUUUUUUUUUGUUUGUUUUGUAAUUAUCUUUAUGAAGUGUUACAUCGUUGAUGUUUUUACCUCUUUUUUUUAAAAAAAAUGAAUUGUAAUCGCAUAAAUAUUAUAAGGACUUGUUCCUCAGUACACAUAUUUUUAGUGUAUAUAUCACACCUGUCAUCCAUGAUAAUACAAUACAGGAUCUCGUGGAUAAAUGAGAUACACAGACCAAAGCUUUCUGACACGUCAUAUGGAUGGAAACUGGUUUCGGUCACGAGCCCUCAGAUUGUAAUUUUUGGGUAAUCUUGUUUAAUUCUUUACUAUCAAGUCUCCAGUCGCUCCUAAUUCACGUGAGCAGUGUUUUGACUAUAUUCAUUUCUCAAGUCUACACAGCUUCUUUGUAGCUUUGGUUUACUCACAAAAUGUUUGACCAGAAGAAUGACUACAGUGAUCAACUGAUUGUGUUAUCAAAUAAAAUAUCUCAGAAGUGCUGCAUGCGAUGCAGGAGUAACGUAGCGUUGUUCCAGGGAAGGCUUCGGUGCAAACAAGUCUUCUAGAAACUUGAACUGCAGUGGGUUACCUGACAUGUUUCAAUACUGUCUACGACACAGGAGAAAAGAAAAAAAACCUCAUGUUCGAUUUCAUAAAUUCUUCUGAAGUAAUAUACUAACAUUAUACAUGUGGAACUGUGUCUUAAUCAUUUAAAAGUAGCUCUUUAUCUAUUCUCGCUAUUACUAGAAACUGAAAGAAUGUCUCAAACUGCUGUUUUGUUUUUACAAGUUACUGUUUUUAUAAAGAAUCCAUGUUUUUUUGACUUGCUUCAAUUUUACAGAAUAAACAUAAGUGACCUGCA